CGCCCGAAGAGCAGCAGCGCCCGCUGCAGCCCGUUGUGGCUGGGUUGGCUGCUCCUUCCUCGUCUCAGGGCUUGGCUGGAGGCUCUGGGGCGAACCCGCUCUCGCGCAAACUCCGCAAAGUGCUGGAGACGCGGCUGGAGGCAGACAAGGAAAUGUUAGAAGCACUCAAGGCUCUUUCAGCCUUUUUUGUAGAAAAUAGUUUGCGUACCAGAAGAAAUUUGCGGGGGGAUAUUGAACAUCGCAGUUUAUCCAUAAAUGAAGAAUUUGUCUACAUCUUCAAGCAAGUGAAAGAGGAACUUGAAAACAUAAACGAAGAUGUGCAGUUUAUGAGUAAUUGCUGCCAGGACAUGACUAAUCACUUGAAGGCAACCAAGGAGCAAACCCAGGAUUUAAUUGUAAAGACAACUAAGCUUCAAGCAGAGAACCAGAGGUUAGAACUGAAAGCACAAAUAGCAGAUGCUUUUAUAGCAGAAUUCCAGCUUUCUCCAGAAGAGAUGGAUGUUCUUCGCAGCACAAGAGAUGGGCCUGUUACAGAGGCCUUUUUUAAAGUACUGGGAAGAGUAAAGCAAAUUCAUAAUGAUGUCAAGAUCCUUCUGCGCACAAACCAGCAGAAGUCAGGCCUAGAAAUUAUGGAACAGAUGGCUCUGCUCCAAGAGACUUCUUACGAGCAGCUUUAUCGAUGGGCUCAAGGUGAAUGCAGGGCUUUAACCCAAGAAUCCUGUGACAUUUCUCCAGUUCUAGCUCAAGCAAUGGAAGCUUUGCAAGGCAGGCCUGUUCUCUAUAAAUACACCCUGGAUGAGUUUGGAACAGCCAGAAGAAGUGCCGUGGUCCGGGGCUUUAUAGAUGCUCUGACAAGAGGAGGUCCAGGGGGAACACCCCGGCCUAUUGAAAUGCAUUCCCAUGACCCUUUGAGAUAUGUAGGAGACAUGUUGGCAUGGCUGCAUCAAGCCACUGCUUCUGAAAAAGAGCAUCUGGAGGCCCUGUUAAAACACACAACUGCUGAAGGGUUAGAAGAAAAUAUGCAAGAAGUAGUUGGACACAUCACAGAAGGGGUUUGCCGGCCUCUAAAGGUUAGAAUUGAACAGGUGAUCGUAGCUGAACCAGGAGCAGUCCUACUUUAUAAAAUUUCUAAUCUUCUCAAAUUCUACCACCACACCAUCAGUAAUAUUGUGGGAAACAGUGCAGCCAUGUUGCUAACUACAAUAGAAGAGAUGCAUUUCUUGAGUAAAAAGAUAUUCUUCAACAGUUUGAGCCUUCAUGCAAGUAAACUGAUGGAUAAGGUGGAACUGCCACCUGCAGAUCUUGGCCCAAGCUCAGCGCUGAAUCAAACGCUUGCUCUCUUGCGCGAGGUUCUCACAUCCCACGACUCGUGUGUUAUUCCUUUGGAUACUCGACAAGCUGACUUUGUGCAGGUUAUAUCUUGUGUGCUGGACCCACUGUUGCAGAUGUGUACUGUGUCUGCCAGUAACUUAGGGUCUGCUGACAUGGCCACCUUCAUGGUGAAUUCACUUCAUAUGAUGAAGACAACGCUUGCUCUGUUUGAAUUCACAGAUAAACGGCUAGAAAUGUUACAGUACCAGAUUGAAGCACAUUUGGAUACCCUUAUAAAUGAACAAGCUUCUUAUGUAUUAACUAGAGUGGGUUUAAGUGCCAUAUAUAAUGUUGUACAGCAACACAAGCCAGAGCAGGGUCCCUUGGCAAACGUACCCAGUAUGGAUUCUAUGUCACUAAAAGCUGCAAUGGUCCAGUUUGAUCGUUAUUUGUCUGCUCCUGACGGUCUGCUAAUGCCGCAAAUAAACUUUCUUCUAAGCACUGCUGUUAGACAACAGAUCAUAAAACUGUCCACGGAACUAGUCUGCAGAGCCUACAGUGAAGUAUAUUCAGCUGUGAUGAAUCCAGGCAAUGAAUAUAAAGAUCCAGAAACCAUAUUACACCGAUCUCCUCAUCAAGUUCAGGCGCUUCUCUCCUAAUCCCAUCGUCCAAAACAUUCCGUUUGACAUUCCCAUUGUAAGGUCGCAAUGUGGUCAUGCAAGUUCGUGACAGGCAAUGUGGUUUUGUGAUCUUGCUGGCAGUCUAGUAAUCAUGGCACACUUGGGCUCCAGUUGUGCACGAAGUCAGUUGGCGGAAAUCCCAUUGCCUCCCAUUGUGCAGGACUACAACCUUGUUGGUAUAUGGAGGUAAAAACAAUCUUUAGAUUUAAAAUUAUUUUUACAUUGUUCUAAACCUUCAGUUUCUUUGAGCGAGGAAAAUCACAGUAAUUAUUAUUAUGGCGAUGAUAAAAUGAUUUGUGUAUAACCAAAGCGCUUCCUUGUUCUGGUGUCUUGGCCAGUAUUGGCACUAUCCUGCCAUUCUUCCUGUGACAAUUCAGAGGAGAUACCACCCUCGUGUAAAAAACAAGACGUUGGUUUGGUUAAAGGGCCAACACGUGGAUGCAUCUCUUUCUGCCACUGGUACGCAGAGCAAAAAUAAAAACCUAACGUUAGCUUUCGGAAAAUCUUAGCGAAGUAAUUCAUCCAAUUUGACCUUGAAUAUUGAUUUUGCAAGCAAGAAGCUAGAAGUUUGGAGUGGGGUGGAACCUGCUGUGGGGAGAUUGCUUUGGGAAGAAGAGAAGCAGAAUGUCAGACAACUUGUUGCCCUCGUAAUUUCAGUUAAUUAGUAUAACUUUCCAGAAAUGGUUUUCUCAUGCACGUUUAUAUGCUACAUCUGGAAAACAAGUUCUAAAAACUGCUGAGCGCCUCUGAGGUUCUAUAGAACCUCGCACAGAGCGUGCAGGAUGUGCUUUGCCAGUUCUAGAUGGACACCAGCCCUAUUCAUGCACUCCUGGCCAUUGCUUAACAUUCCCGUAGCUUGAGGAAGAUGGUAGGUCUGCUCUUGGUAGCCUCACCUUCUCUUCCCUGUCUCCAUUGCCCUCCGCAUGUUGGAGGUCUGAACCCCUGCAGCAGGGAAGCUACUGUACUCGCACCAUAUUCCACGUGAUUGUGCCGGGUUCUAAAUGGUGCAGGGAGCUCUCAUGAGGACACCAGACUCCCAGCUGCAGACAUUCAGCCCACGCGCACCCAUGUAUGGAGGGAGGUGGCAGGGAUACAAUAGGGGGGGUGGUCUCACUGCUGGGGUGUCUCACUUCGUCCUCCCCUCUUGUGAUUGCAAUGGUGAGAGGGGCAAUGCGGAUAGCACUACGGUUAAGCUGAUGUCUCAUUGGGUUCCUCGCUAGAUGUAGAUAAGGAGAACCCCACCCCAGCCAAAUCCACUUCUCUAAACAUUAUUUAAUAUGGCUUCAGGUCAUCCUGUAGCACGCACCAAGGGACAGCAGGAAAGCUACCAUAUAGGUCUGGCAAAAGGAAUGCUGAAUCUUCUCCAGGCUGGUUAAAUAUCAUACUGGGAGAUAUCUCACUGACUAUGGACGGUGGAAAAUACUCUUGACCUUUUGCGCUAGAACCCUAUACUUACCUGGGAUUAAGUAUAGGAUUUUAUACUUGUCCAUUGAACUCAGUGGGGCCUGCUGCCGAGUCAAUAUGUAUAGAAUUGCAUUGUUAAUAUCAGUUAUGGUGUGUGGGGGUUAAUCACAGAAGAUAUUAAAAAACACGCAGAGGGUUGGAUCCCUAAAGGCACAAUCCUAUACAUAUAUAGAUGGGGGGAAAGUACUACAACUCCCAGCAUCCCCCAGCCAUGGCUGGCUGGGGCAUGCUGGGAGUUGCAGGACUUUUUCCCCAUCUAUACAUGCAUAGGAUUGCACCCUAAGUUAGUUCCAAUUGAAAUCAAUGGCUAUUCUGUCUGAUUUCAGUGGAACCUAACGUAGUCUAAAACCAGAGAAAUGUAUUUUAAUUCAUGCAUUGGGGAUUUCUCAGUGUCUGUACAUGUGAUUAAAUGACUAAUGAAUGUUUUGUGCAUCCGAUCAAUGAUUAAAGUAAAUAAAACACUAAA